ACGGCGGGGGAGAGAGAGGGAGAGAUUUAGAGAGAGAGAGAACGAGUUAGAGGGGGAGAGAGAGAGGGUUUGUGAGAAAGGAGAAAGUUUCAGGACGGAAGUUUCGGGUUGAAGAGGAAGGAGAAGUUUCUGCCGCUGGUCUGAGAGUGAGUUAGAGUGAGAGUUUGGAGCUGAGAGGGAGAGUAUGGAGCUGCUGCUGCUGCUGCUGAAUGAUGGUGCUGCUGAUUCGGAUCUGUGACUCCGCGGUUUCUGCUCUGGGUAAAGUCUGAGAGAGUUUAGAAGUUUAUAAGAUGGGUCUGCCCACUCUGGAGUUCAGCGACGCGUUCCUGGACAGCCCGGACUUCAGAGAGAGACUGAAGUACCAUGAGAUAGAACUGGACCGAACCAACAAGUUCAUCAAGGACCUGAUUAAAGACGGGAACUCUCUGAUAGGAGCUCUGAACAACCUCUCUGUGGCCGUUCAGAAGUUCUCCCUGUCUCUGCAGGAGUUCCAGUUUGAGUGUAUCGGUGAUGCCGAGACGGAUGAUGAGGUGAACAUCGCACAGUCCUUCAAGGAGUUCGCCCAGCUGCUGAACACCGUUGAGGAGGAGAGGCGGCGUCUGAUCCAGAAUGCUGAUGACGUGCUCAUAACUCCCCUGGAGAAGUUCCGCAAAGAGCAGAUCGGAGCCGCCAAAGAGGGAAAAAAGAAGUUUGAUAAGGAGACGGAGAAGUAUUACUCCACCCUGGAGAAGCACCUCAACCUCUCGUCCAAGAAGAAGGAUGCUCUGCUGCAGGAGGCUGAUACUCAGAUUGAUAAAGAGAGGCAGCUGUUCUAUGACGCUUCGCUGGAGUACGUCUUCAAAAUCCAGGAGGUUCAGGAGAAGAAGAAAUUUGAGUUUGUUGAGCCGCUCCUGGCCUUUUUGCAGGGCCUAUUCAAUUUCUACCAUGAGGGAUAUGAACUGGCCCAUGAGUUUGAGCCCUACAAACAGCAGCUCCAGUUCAACCUACAGAAUACGAGGAACAACUUUCUGAGCACUAAGCAGGAGGUGGAGAAGCUGAUGAAGAGAGUGAGAUCAGCAGAUCAGGACCAGAAACCCCCCGGUCGCUUUACCAUGGAGGGAUACCUGUACGUCCAGGAGAAACGACCUCUGGGCUGCACAUGGACUCGACAUUACUGCACCUAUGAGAAGGAGGACAAGAGCUUUACCAUGACCAACACUGAAGCCAAGGCCACAGCUAAACAGAACGGAGUGGUGCUGAACCCGACAGAGACGUUUAAGCUGAAGUCCUGUAUCCGGAGGAAAACCGACUCCAUUGAUAAACGAUUCUGUUUUGAUAUCGAGGUGGUGGAGAGAAAUGCAGUCUAUCGUGGAACUCUUUUCAGACCGCUGCAAUUUUUCUGUAAAGUCCGGCAUGGAAUCGUAACCCUGCAGGCCCUGUCUGAGUCUAACCGGAGGCUCUGGCUGGAGGCGAUGGACGGCAAAGAGCCGAUCUACAACCUCCCGGCCAUCCUGAGCAAGAAGGAGGAGACCCAUCUGAACGAGGCCGGAUUUAACUUUGUGAAGAAGUGCAUACGCAUGGUGGAGAUGAGGGGGAUCAGUACUAUGGGGCUGUACCGGAUAGGAGGGGUCAACUCUAAAGUUCAGAAGCUGAUGACCACCGUCUUCUCACCUAAAGCCCCAGCAGACAUGGACCUCGAUCCUGAUAUGUGGGACAAUAAGACCAUCACCAGUGGACUGAAGAAUUACCUCAGGUGUCUCUCUGAGCCUAUCAUGACCUACAAGCUUCAUGAAGACUUCAUCAUGGCUGCCAAAUCAGAUGACCAGAACUUCAGAGUGUGUGCUGUGCAUGCCCUGGUGCACAAACUGCCGGACAGGAAUAAGGAGAUGCUGGAGCUUCUGAUAAAGCACCUCCUCACUGUGUCCACCCACAGUAAAAGCAACAUGAUGACUGUGUCUAACCUCGGGGUGAUCUUCGGGCCCACGCUUAUGCGCUCUCAAGAGGAGACGGUGGCCGCCAUGAUGAACAUCAAGUUCCAGAACAUAGUGGUGGAGAUUCUGAUCGAGAACUUUGAAAAGAUUUUCCAUCAGGCGCCGGACCCUAACGUGGCUCUGCCUCAGGCCCAGUCCCGGCCAGAGUCACGCAGAAACAGGGCCAUCUGCCUCACCACCGGACCCCGCAAACCCAAGAGCCCGUACACCCCCACACUGUGUCUAGCUGAUGCUGAAAGCGAUACGUUCAGCAGCAGUUCGGGUAGUACCCCAAUGGGCAGUAUGGAAUCCCUCUCAUCCCAUUCCUCCGAGCAGAACAGCUCCUCCAAGACCAGCUCCUCCCACCAGCUCAGGGACAAGCCCGCUCUGUCUGUCAUGCGGCGCUGCCCCUCUUCCCUCUCGUCCAACGGGCCGGAGGGCCCGGCCUGCGCCGGCCUCAGCAGCCACGACUCCAGCUCCAGAGAAGACACGACCCGGACCGACUCGGAGGAUUCCCGCAGCCUCGGCUCCGUCCCAGCAACCUCCAGAACCUCCAGAUCUUCCCUAGCCCCUAAAAAAGCCCCCCACUCCUCAGCCAUCGCACUGAGACCAUCCCAGCUGAGCUACACACCUGCAGUAUCCCAAAGAUCACUGCACAACCUGGAAGCUCGGCGCAGCUGUGUGGGAUCUGUACAGAGCCUGCUGGCAGUGGAGCAGAGAGACAGCUCCAGAACCUCCAGACCCGACCUGCCGCCCAAAGUGCUGCUGAGACACCGGCCCGAUUCCAGCAACGGCUAUCAGAGACCCGGCUCAGUAGUGGCAGCCAGAGCAAUGAUGUUCGAAAACGCCUCAUCUGCUGCCUCGCCUGCUCCAGUAGGACGAGACGCCAAGGCGAUGUACUCCUGCGAAGCCGAGCACAGCAAUGAACUGAGCUUCCCCCAGGGGGCGCACCUCACAAACGUGUAUCCUUCUGUGGAGCCGGGCUGGCUCCAGGCCACGUACGAGGGUAGGACGGGACUGGUGCCGGAAAAUUACGUCGCCUACCUCUGACCCCGCCCCCGAAGACGCUGCCACGCAUUUCAUGGUAUCCAUGUUAAAGUAGAUGCAGCAUGUUAAAAAAUAGUCACACGGUGGUUUAGGAGCAUGGUAGUGGUCCAUCAGCAACACAUAAAAAAUAAAAUAGAAAAAUUGGUCAUGGAAUGGUCAUAAUGAUUACAAGAGCAGUCAUGAGUGAUAUGUAAUAUGCAGUAUGUACAGUAUUAUGUUAUAUGUAAAAUGUAUGCAGUCUCAAUUAAGAAGCCAGCUCUAAUUCUGCAGUCCAAAGCCUUGAAACAAGCUGUUAUCUGCUGUUAUCUGUAGUGCCAUAUAUAUAUAUACAGCUCUGAAAAAAAAAAAGAA